AUGAUCCUGGGACAAGAGCAGCUUCUGGACCAGUCCUCCCAGGUCCAGGCCAACCUCCAGGCUGCCAGUGGGCGUCUGACCCGGGACGUGCAGAACCAUCUCAGGGCCCUCAAGGUCCUGAACCAGACCCUGGAAAGGUUCUUGGACCAGGUGCAGGGCUGGAGAGACGUGAUUGAGGAGACCGAGGAGAAGAUGAAGAACUUCGCGGAGGACCAGGACGACGUGAAGGCGAUAGCAGAACAAGUCAACACGACUGUGGCACUGAGCACCAUGUGGAUCGAUGCCCUGCAGAGGAAGGCGGACGAGGAGGCCCUGGUCCUGCAGAAGCUGACCGUAGACUGGCAGGACUACACCAAAGUCCUCACUGCCAUCAAGUCCAACACCAGCAGCACCACCCAGACCAUGCGCUUCCUGCAGACCAGCAUCCAGGCGGACCAGCAGCGCAUUGCCAUGUCCACCGAGAUCUUCUAUGACCUCACCCAGCAGGUGAUGAAUCUCCAGAUGCAACUUGACAAUGUGACAUCAUUCAUGGACGAGCACGAGGAGAACAUGCACGACCUCCAGUACCAUUCAAAGUACUACGAGAACCGGACCGGCGAGCGUUUCUCCGCCCUGGACGGCCGUCUGAACUCGAUCGAGAUGGAGAUAGACACGAUCUCGUCCAGUAUCAACGCCACCGUGAGCCAUGUCCAGAGCAUGUACAAAUACAUCAGUGUCGAGAGCUCCACCUGCCAGAGCCGCCUGGGACGUCAGACCGAAGACCUGCAGAGUCUGAACAGCUCUGUGCUGCUGCUGCUGACUCUGGGGGACUCUGUGAGGAGACAGAACCUUCUGCUCAACAUGCGCCUGGACAUGGACCUCAGGAACCUGUCAAUCAUCACAGAGGAGCUGAAGCUGGUGGACGUCAGGCACACACAACUCCUCAACAACUACACUAUCGUCACAGGGGCCCCGGGGCCUCCAGGACCUCGAGGCUUUAAAGGUGACACUGGUCCUAAGGGCCCAGUUGGACUGAGCGGAGGCAAAGGGGACCGAGGACUGACCGGGGGCCGUGGGCCUCAGGGAGAGAGAGGGGUUCCGGGACCUAAGGGGCCUCUGGGAGAGCCAGGACCCAGUGGGACCAGGGGCGGAGCUGGACCGAAGGGAGCCAAGGGGGCCAUAGGACCCCCUGGGCCCAAAGGAGAGAGAGGCCAGAAAGGAGACGCUGGAAGAAGUGGCAAAGAUGGACUCCCAGCACUAGACGGACAAAAGGGAGAAAGAGGAAAAGACGGUUCUCGAGGACCAGCUGGACCUCCAGGGGCCCGGGGAAAACCAGGGCCUAUAGGUCCCCCUGGGGCACCAGGGACACCCGGCUCUCCUGGGAUGUCCUACCACCACCACCUGACAGACGGCCAGACUGUGGCCCCCGGAGUGGACUCAAAGAGGCACUAA